AUGGCUGCUGAAAAGGAACCAAUGAAUCUUGAACAAAAGGAGGGUAAUUCAAUUGAAUCAAACCAAAAAAACAGUUCAAAUCAUGUAAAUCAGGUCAAGAAGUUGCUGCAGAGGAGGAUGUUAGUGGGUAUAAGUGAUGGUCGUUUUUUCUUGGGGAAUUUCUAUUGUAUUGAUAAGCAAGGUAACAUUAUCCUUCAAGAUGCAGUUGAGUAUCGAAACACGAGAAGGUUAUCUACUUCUCCUAUGGAACAAAGGGGUCUUGGUCUUAUACUAAUUCCCGCUUCUAGCAGGAAAACUUGUCAUGUUGAUUGCUCCAUUGAAGAACAAUUAUCACUUAUGUCGGUUUAA